ACCUCUCUGCCUUCACUCCUGUUUGUCUGCUGGUAUACGGAUUAAGAAGUAGCUACUUAAUUAGAAAAAACAUUUGCUGAAAAUCAGAAAUUUGUAGUAGAAUUUACAACCCAAAAAUGGAGGAGGAGAAGAAGAAGAGCAAAGGCCGUGGCCAAAGAAGGGAGCAAGGAAAGAGGGGAUUGGAAAUUGAAGGGUAUCAAAUUGAAGGGAUAUCAAUAGCAGGGCAUGAGACCUGCGUGAUAAUCCCUUCUCUCAACUUAGCUUUUGACAUUGGAAAAUGCCCACAACGUGCUAUUUCGCAACAGUUCCUCUUUAUCUCCCAUGGCCACAUGGAUCACAUUGGAGGACUGCCAAUGUUUGUUGCAACUCGUGGAUUAUACAGAAUGGCAGCCCCAACUGUAAUUGUGCCAAAGACCAUAAAGGAAAAUGUUGAAACGAUUUUUCAAGCACAUAGAGAUAUGGAUCAAUCAGAAUUGAACCAUACUUUGAUUGGCUUGGAUGUGGGAGAAGAGUUUUACUUGAGAAAGGACCUUAAAGUAAAAGCCUUUAAGACUUACCACGUCAUACCCAGCCAGGGUUAUGUAGUUUAUUCAGUAAAGCAGAAACUUAAGGACGAAUAUAUUGGGCUUCCAGGGAACGAGAUAAAGAAAUUGAGGUUAUCAGGUGUGGAGAUUACAUAUACUACAACAACGCCUGAAGUUGCUUUCACAGGAGACACAACGUCAGACUUCAUUGUGGAUAGCAACAAUAUUGAUGCUUUAAGAGCAAAGAUCCUCAUUAUGGAAAGCACAUAUGUUGAAGACACCAUGACGGUGGAUGAUGCAAGGGAUUAUGGACACACGCAUUUGUCAGAGAUAAUUCACUAUGCAGAUAUGUUUGAAAACAAAGCGAUUCUUUUGAUCCACUUUUCGGCUCGCUAUCAAUUGGAUGUCAUUCAACAUGCAAUUUCUUCACUGGCUCCACCUUUGGCAGGCCGAGUGUUUGCCCUUACAGAUGGUUUCUAAUUUGUGGACUCAAAAUACUUUCUAGUGUUAAACUUUUGCCUUUUGUUGUAAACAAGUUUCUUCCAUUCCAUCUUCACCUGAUGAUUUAAAAGUUGAAAAGGAAGUUUACUGUUGAUUCCUAAUUGGAUUUGACACUCAGUUGAUACUCGAUAGAUUCUAAUCCAUACAGAACGCAUUCUAGGCGUCCCAAAUCUUGGAAUGCCUGUUGAUGUUAGGCAAUAGGUAGUUGUAUUGAUUCUUUAGGGUUCAGUUUUGUAGUAUUUCUUUUUGCCAGGGUACCUUGUAUUGGAAUGUUGCCCAUUUUCCUAUGGGGUAAACCUAUAACCAUGAGCUUCUUGUUUUUACAAUUUCUUGUUA